AUGAAGUUCCUCGCUAUUGCUGCUGGCCUCGUCGCCUCUGUCUCCGCCUACACCUACCCUACUCCCUUCAACCCAACUGCCAGCGGCGCCGCCCCCAGCGGUAACUCGCUCUACACCCCCAACGCCGGCAGCCCCGUGACUUUGGGUGAGGACUACUCCAUCACCUGGGACCCUACCACCCCCGGCCCCAUCGCCUUGGUUCUCUGCCAGGGCCCCUCCACCAACUGCGAGCCCAUCUUGACCAUUGCCGACUCUGUCCCCAACAGCGGUGAAUUCACCUGGAAACCCACCGACCUCACUCCCUCCGCCACCUCCUCCGGCGGAUACGGAAUCAUGCUCAUCGACUGGACCACUGAGGCCUACCAAUACACCACUCAGUUCGGUGUCCUUGCCGGCGCUGUCUCCGUCUCUUCCUCUGCCGCUGCUUCUUCUUCCACCCCUACCUCCACCACUACCGUCGUCAUCCUCCCCAGCAGCAGCGCCGUCAUCAAGCCCACCACCACCGCCGCUUUGAGCACCGUCGUCGACUACACCGUCAGCACCACCGUCAUCUGCCCCGAGAGCACCAAGCUCCCCGUCGGCACCGGUACCGUCUCCAUCCCCUGGGUUACCAGCACUGGUACUCCUAGCGUGCCCACCUCUGUGCCCAGCACCGUCCCCGCUGCUCCCAAGUACACUGGUGCCGCUGACCGCAACAUGGUCAGCUUCGGUACCGUUGGUGCUAUUGCUGGUCUUGCCGCUCUUUUGGCCUUUUAA